UGAUAUUACAACCCAGCCGCACCCGACAGGGAGCAGUGUAGGAUUGUGCGAUAUCCGUGAAGAGUGAAUAUUUGUCAUCCACGUGGAGGCACAUACCAUCUUUGAGGACAACUCUAGCAGAGAAUAUUGACGACCACAAGGACAUGGCCACCUCAGAUCUGGAUCCGGAAGCCAUGGGUGAUUCAGGCGAGGAAGAUCCUACGGUCCAUGGUAGUUCAGCUCUACAUGAGGACGAACCUGGAAUCCACUCGGCCAUUGCCAGGCCGACUGAUCGUGGACGUUUCUCUGGACAUCACUCGGUCAUUGCUCCGCCAAGGAGUCAACCUUUCAUGUCCAGUCCAGGGCUUGGUGGUUCAGCUUCCUAUAUCUUUGUUUCCAACUCGAAGUACGUGAACAUUUCCACUGGACUGACAGUUCCCGGGACAGUCGGAGAAGGAACUCUCGAACUUCUUCUAAAUGAAGCCAAGAAAACAUUUGUUGAAACAGAUGUCUACAGACAGGUGAAGCGUAAACUUAAAACGUUUCGUUACGUGACAAUCUGUGGUGCCUCAGGAGAAGGGAAGACCACAAUGGCUCUGAUAUUGAGUUCACAGUACAGAAACCGAGGUUACCAGGUCGUGUUUGUGGAAAGCAUUGACAAGUUUGAUUUGGACAGCUGCCUCAGUUCUACUCCAAGAGUAUUUCUUAUCAUUGAUGACAUGUUUGGUACUGCAGGUUUGUCCACUAAUGUUCUACUGAUUAUAUCAUUUCUGAAAAAUCUAUUACUCCAUUUGGAACACUGUAAGCAGGCCUUAAAACAAAUUCAGUCAGUUAGGAAAGAGGAAAGUAAACACAAGCAGGAUGAUGAAAGAAAAAGUCAAAGAAAGGAUAUUCGUGUCAUAUUCACAACAAAGUCAUACAACUUUCAUGAUGGACUUGCACAACUGCACUUUGCUUGUUUUCCUCCGUUUGAGGAACAAGCAGUGAUGAAUAUAACCUUACACAGUCUUUCCCCAGCAGAGGAACAGCAAAUAUACGGGAGACAUAAGAGCACAGCAGAUGACUGCUCCAAAGGUAAUCUACCCGAAUACAGAGAUUUGGAAAUACCUUCAAAAUUAUUUGGAUUCCCGCUCAUAUGUAAACUUUGUACUUUUUCAAACAAUCCCAGAAAGCUUUUCAAAGAACCAUUGUCUUAUUUGAGGGAGGAACUCACUGUCAUAAUUGGUGCUAUGAAUGAUCGAUCUGCAGUGUUAGUCCUGAUGUUACUUUGUGAAGGCAGAUUGCAACUGAUAAAGUUAGAAAGCGAUGAUGUAGACCAGGAGUUGGAUGAGAAAGUCAACAUUGUGAUACGUCUAAUACCUACAGCUACACGCUUGGGGAUGUGUCAAGCAGCACGUAGUUUCAGAGGUACAUUUUUCACAAGAGGAGACACUGUUUCCUUUGCUCAUUCUUCAAUCUAUGAUGCAUGUGCAUGUGUCGUAUAUGGCAUCAAUCCAAGCUUUGUUUUGAAGCAUUGCAGUGAUGCCUUUCUGUACGAGCGAGUACACCAAGAAACCGUCAGAGAAACCAAAGUUGAUGAUAAUCUUCAUUUGAUUUUCAUUUCCGAAGAGUAUUAUGAUCUUCUGUCCACACGGUUUGCAAAUGCUAUUAAGCAAGGAAAGUUUUCAAAGUCAGUAACACAUCCAAUCCUUAAGCACAGCAAACUAGCUGAAGAGCUUCUUGAAAGACUGACAUUUGGUGAGACGAAACCCAACACAAAUGAUUCAGUGGACCAUGCAUGGAUUCACCAAAGAGAAAAAGGAAAGUGUUUCUUGUAUUGGGCUGUUUUGGGACAUAAUCCACAGUUGGUUACACAUGUGGAGACUCAAACUGGAGAAGUGUUCACAGAUGACGAGAUCACAGAAGCUAUGGAAGGCUGUGUUCAAACAAACAAGGUGACGUUACUGCAAUGGCUACUCUCAAAGACUGAUGGACAGGACUGGACUAAUAAACUGAACAGACUGCUGUUGUCUGCAGCAGAAAACGGCAGUACUGAAACACUUUUGUAUCUGCUGAAUGCUGGAGCGCGUCCCGAUACCUCUGACUCAAGGAUGCAAAACAUUUUCCAUUUGGUGUGUAAGUCACAACACGAAGACACACUUCGGGCACUGUUAAAUACACAGGCAAACACAGAUAUUUUAAAUAGUGUUGAUGUGAAUGGCUACACUCCUCUACUGGUUGCAGCAAAGACAGGAUCAGAGGAAUGUUUCAAACAGCUGGUAUCGAUCUCAAAUAUGGAUGUUCAGGACAUGGAUGGUAAUAGUGUUUUACAUCUUGCUUGUGAAGGAGGAAACAUUGCCAUUGUUAGGCAACUGCUACCUUCAGUCAGCAUUGACAAAAGAAACAUGAAUGGCUUGACACCAAUCAAGUUUGCAGCUCUCAUGGGACACAAAAACGUGUUUAACCUCCUGGUGGAGAAAGGUGCAGAUACACCUGGUGAUAGUUUACUUCAUGUUGCGUGUGUGGGAGGCAAUAUGUCUAUAGUUCAACAUCUGGUGUCAAAUUCGAAUGUGAACAACCGAGGCAUAAAUGGAUGGACACCACUAAUGGCUGCAGCUUUUAAUGGACACAAAAGCGUGUUUGACUUCCUUGAAUCAAAGGGAGCAGACUCCACCCUGCUUGAUACAUUUGGCAAUAGUUUACUUCACCUUGCCUGUCAGGGAGGGAAAGUGGCUCUGGUUGAACAUCUGGUGUCAGAUUCUAAUAUCAACCUCAGAGGAGAUAAUGGAUGGACACCACUAAUGGCUGCAGCUAUCAAUGGACUCAAAAUCGUGUUUGACCUCCUGGAAUCAAAGGGGGCAAAUUUCAGUUUAGUUGUGUAG